UCAGAGCAGGAAUCGGCUGGUACAGUGUCUCUGAAGAGGCGAGAGGCUUUCUAGCAAAUGAUGCCUUUUUUUCAUCUGCUUCUUGUGUUGGCUGCUGCCCCAGAUGUUCUAGCUUUUCCAAGUUUCGCCAUUGAAAAUGCCAGCCCUCUUCUGGAAAAUGCCUCUGAACAUACACAGGUUGCCAUAAUCACUGUGUCUGUCUCACCUCCUGUUUCUCUGGUUGGGGGUCCUGUAAUCAUUAAUGCGAAUCCUGUGGUUCAUCCGUUUGUGCUGUCUCAUAGGUCCAUGCAUCAGUGGGAGUUACUUACCACUGGAGUACCCAGGCUGGACUUUGAGACAGUUACUCUCUACUCCCUGACAAUCUAUGCCAAAGAUGACCACGAGGCAACAGCAUCAGAGACCAUUUUAAUCCAGAUCGCAGAUGUCAAUGAGCCACCCACCUUCACUGGAUCCCUUGCUCGAGGAGACCAAGUUACUGAGAUUUAUAUCCUAGAAGACACUGCCUCGGGCACAGUCAUUUACAGAGCAGCAGCCAAGGAUCCAGAGGAUGCUGUUUUGGAGUACAUCCUAUCCCCGGAGGACUCUGGCUUCACAAUCGACAGCACUGGAACAAUUUCUACAGCAGCAGUUUUUGAUUUUGAGAGCAAAGCUAGUUUCUCACUAGUUAUUAAAGUGGUUGAUCCUGGAGGUCUGUUUACUGCUGGAAAUCUAAAGAUUUUCCUCGUCAAUGUCAACAACAAGGACCCUAUUCUUACCUGCAGUUUACUUAAUAUUGAAAAUGCUGCCACAAGUGUUACUUCUAUAAACUCAACUCUGCACGAUAAAGUUGACAUCACACUAGAUGAAGAAAUUCCAGUUGGGGAAACGAUUGGCGUAUGCCAGGCAACUGAUGAAGAUAACUUGGGAGAUUUAAUCUUUGAACUAGAUCCAUGGAAUGUUUACUUCGCAGUUGACAAAGAGCGUGGGACCAUGGUUACUGCUGCCCGCCUUGAUGUAGAGAGAGCUGGGUUUGCACGUGCUCAGUCCUUCUCCAUUAAGGCUUGUGACAAUGACCAGCGGUGUGCAGUAAUUGCAGUGAUGGUUUAUAUCCAUGGCAUUAACGACAACUCACCUUUCUGUGAUCAGUAUCUGAUUAGAUACACAGGAAAAGAAAUUAUUACAAAAGAUACAAUAGUUGCAAAACUCUUGUGUCAUGACCUUGAUGAGCCUCCUGAUACAAUCCAGUAUGCUCCAAGCUCCGGGCCAAUUGGUUCUGGACAACUCUUUGAGCAAGUGCCAAAUGCUGAAAAUUCCAUCCAGGUUGCCCAAGAAUUGGAUUAUGAAAACCCAGAGACAGUUGCAGCUGGACAUAUCUAUGAAAUGACAAUUUCAGUAUUUGAUGACCUACAUCCCUCCCAUACAGUAACUGUGACAAUCAUCGUAGAGAUUGCUCCUGCCAAUGAUUUCAGCCCUGUAUUUAAAGCUACACACUAUUCAUUCUCUGUUCCGGAAACAUCAGGAGCUUUCUACAAAGUUGGAAGAGUGACUGCCAUUGAUGAGGACCAGCCAUUAAACUGUGUGACAUACAGAAUAGCCAGUGGAGACAUCCAAACUGUACAAAGGUUCUGGAUUCACCCUCUCUCUGGAAUGAUUGAACUCACCACACAGCCAGACUAUGAAACUGUGAAGCAAUAUAACCUCAUUGUGGAAGGUGUGGAUUGUGACAAAUUUCAUCCUCGUACAGCAGUGACCACGGUCACUGUUGACAUCAAAGACGAGAAUGAUGAAGCUCCUAUCUGUACACCCUCUCUGUAUAAGACAGUCAUUCUUGACGAUGUUGUUGCUGGGACAAACAUCAAUGGCUUCAAACUAAGCUGUCACGACAGAGAUUCAAAAGAUUAUGAAAUGCGCUUUGAGAUGGUUUCUGGAAAUGAGAACCAUCAUUUUGGAUUUGACCCAACUAGAGGUUCAAAUACUCCAAAAUUAAUUGUGAAGAACCCUUUUAACUUUGAAUCUGGAGCUGAACUGAAGCGGCACUACCAUCUUUUGGUGCACAUCAUCGAUGACAAUCUGAAAUACGGCAAAGCCACGAAGCCCAGGACGGGCACUGCCAUUAUAGAUAUUUAUGUGACAAGGGCCAAUACGCCACUUCCUGCAACUACCAGUUCUGAACAAAGAAAAGGUCUGACCAUUGUAUACACAGCUAUCAACACAUACAAAUCCAGUGACUGGUACAUCCCUUUCAUCUUCACACUGAUGGCUGUUUUUUUUGCCGGGCUGGUUUCCUGGGUAUGUUUCCUAUUUUGGAAAUAUGGAAAUGCUGUGGAAUGCGGUCAUAAAACGGUCAUGGAAGCCUCCAAGCUCAAGCCCUCAGGAAUAAAGUACAGUGCAGGAGCUAGAAAUCAAAAGGAGAAGAUUGUCACUGAAAACAUAAAUAAAAAACUAGAAGUACUAACAGAAACCAUUGUGUAUGAGACCAUGUUUGAUGGAGAAGCCAUUGAUCCAGUCUCUGGGAAUGUGUAUAAAUAUAACAGCAGAACAGGAGCAAGGAAGUGGAAGAAGGCCCCCUGGCAUCAGUACGGGUCCUUGGCAGACAUAUGCUCUGUCUCAGAGGCCCAUCCUUCUGAGGAGUCUACAUUCUUAAAGAUUCCUAUGCAAGGAUAGCAUUUUUGUAUGUCUCGAAAUGAUUGCUUUUUUGUGUCUGUCACAGGUAAUUAUUACUUGGCUACCUAAAUUAAAUUAUAGAUGUGAGACCAGCCGCUUUGCUUGUGUUUAUCACUUUCUGUAAUCUUCCAGUUCAGGAUGUCUGGGUGAGGGCAGCAAGAGUGAUCAGCCUUCAAUAUUUGAAUAUGUUUUGCUAAAAACUAGAGACUAAAUUUAUGUAUGUUCACUAUCUGACUUUGCCCAGUAGAAAGUAUGUUUGUUAUGACAGGAGACCUUUUUUUGCUAUAGCCCCAGCACAUGCUUGGCACAUAAGUGAAGGCUCCACAUAUAUUCGGUGAA